UUUUGGAAGGUUUUUGCUUGGCCUGUAAAUUUCUUCAUAUUUUCUGUUGAAAAAGAGGAUUUCUGCAAGUUUCUACACCCCUCCACUCCGGCACACUCACGAGGCAAAUAACUUGUAUAAAGAGAAGUGGCGACAAUUGUAAAAACUACUACUAUUAAUCAGAAAAAGAAAACGAAGGAGCAAUGAGCUGAUGGGCGGAUUAUAGUCGCCUUUGCGGCAAUUGAUAACUGCGAUAUUCGAGUCGAUCGAGUUGGUUUCAUUUUCUGUGAUUUCUCAAAGCUAUGGCAAUGGACUGGACUCCUUAUCACGACGGCAACAUAUUCAAUUUGCUCGAGACUCGAAGCCUCGAUAACCGUCUAGAUGUUAAUCAUAGGCUGCAGAUGCACUCCUCAUUGAUUCGAAGGCUUUCUCAAGAAAGAGAAUUAGAGGGCCAUCGCGGUUGUGUUAAUGCAGUGGCUUGGAAUUCCACUGGUUCACGAUUGAUAUCUGGAUCAGAUGACACGCGGAUCAAUAUUUGGAGCUACGCAGGUCGAAAGCUUUUGCAUUCAAUUGACACUGGACAUUCUGCAAAUAUAUUCUGUACUAAGUUUGUACCUGAAACUUCUGAUGAGCUUGUGGUGUCUGGAGCUGGAGAUGCUGAAGUUCGGUUAUUUAAUUUAACUCGCUUGAGUGAUAGAGGAGAUAAUGCCGUUACACCAUUAGCAGUUUACCAAUGUCACGCUAGAAGAGUCAAGAAGUUGGCUGUUGAAAAUGGAAACCCAAAUGUGGUAUGGAGUGCCAGCGAGGAUGGUACUCUGAGACAGCAUGACUUUCGGGAAGGCAUGUCUUGUACUCCAGCGGGAUCUUCUCACCAAGAGUGCCGUAGUGUUCUGCUUGACUUACGUUGUGGAGCCAAAAGGUCACUAGGUGAUCCUCCUAAACAAGUCCUUGCUCUAAAAUCUUGCGAUAUUAGCUCUACUAGGCCACAUUUGCUCCUUGUUGGUGGGAGUGAUGCCUUUGCACGUCUAUAUGAUAGAAGAAUGCUACCACCUCUCAGCUUCUGCACGAAGAGAAUGUCACCACCUCCUUGCGUCAAUUAUUUCUGCCCAAUGCAUCUUUCUGAUAGUGGACAUCCAAGCUUGCACCUAACUCAUGUUGCAUUCAGUCCCAAUGGAGAUGAGGUUCUCCUCAGCUAUAGCGGAGAGCAUGUUUACCUAAUGAAUGUAAAUCAUGCCGGAGAGAAUGCUAUGCAAUAUACUUCAGGAGAUAAUUUGAAGCUAAUGAAUUAUUCUGCAACAAUUGAUGGGAUGGAAUUGCAGCAUCCUGUCUUCCCAAAUGGUUGUACCAUUAAAAAGAAAGUUGCAGCACAGCUUGACAAGUGCAGGGAACUAAUUGAAUUGGCCAAGCGAUCCUUGGAGGAAGAGAAAUCUUAUUAUGGAAUCGAAGCAUGUAAUGAAGUUUUGGAUGGCUAUGGUGAUAUUGUUGGGCCUGCACUCAAACAUCAAUGCCUGUGUAUUCGUGCUGCAUUGUUGCUGAAGCGGAAAUGGAAAAACGAUGCUCAUAUGGCCUUAAGGGACUGCUAUAAUGCAAGAAAAAUCAAUAAUUCAUCCUAUAGAGCUCUUUACAGUGCUUCAGAAGCAUUGUCGCAGUUGGGUAGACAUAAAGAAGCUUUGGAUUUCGCUGUUGCUGCUCACUCGUUGGCUCCAUCAGCACCAGAAGUUGCAGAAAGAGUGGAGAAUGUAAAGAAGGAUAUAGCUUCAGCUGAAGCUGAAAAAAAUAACAAGACAAAUGAUGGAGCAUCAAGGUUUGAAGGUCGAGGAGGAAGAAUAUUAUCAUUGAGUGACAUACUCUAUCGAGCAGAAGUUAAUAGUGAUGCUUCACAAGAUGGUCCAAGAUCUGAGAGAGAUGAUUCUGAUUAUGAUGAGGAAUUGGACUUGGACUUUGAAACAUCAAUGUCAGGUGAUGAGGGGCGUGAUGUUGAAUCCAAUGUUCUUCAUGGGAGUUUAAAUCUUAGAAUCCACCGAAGAGGUGACUCAAGAGAAAAUGCUGGUGUAAAUGGCUCAUGUGAAUCACCCUCGUCGUCAUCAGCACAGAAUGAUAGAGCAUCUUAUCAGCCUGAAGCAGCUGUUGAUAUGAAGCAAAGAUUUGUUGGUCACUGUAAUGUUGGAACUGAUAUAAAACAGGCGAAUUUUCUUGGUCAAAGAGGUGAAUAUGUUGCCAGUGGAAGCGAUGAUGGAAGAUGGUUCAUUUGGGAAAAGAAGACUGGUAGACUCAUAAAAAUGCUCAACGGUGAUGCAGCUGUUGUAAAUUGUGUUCAGUGCCAUCCAUAUGAUUUUGUUGUGGCAACCAGUGGUAUUGAUAGUACUAUCAAGAUAUGGACUCCAAAUUCUCCUGUUUCGUCUCCCGUGGCUGGUGGGUCGGCUGGACCAGAAACUGCUGACGUGUUGGCUGCUAUGGAGAACAAUCAAAGAAAAUUACGGCGUAACCGUGAUUCCAUCCUACCAUUUGAGCUUUUAGAGCCCUUUAGAAUGCAGGAUUUUCCUGAAGGAUCACUGCGAUUGCGUCCAUUUGAAUGUGCCCAAAGCUAAUAACUCAACCCGCUGUACAUGUGUAAACGGAGCGAUGCUGAUAUGUCGUAUGGAUAUCCAACACAGAUGGGAGAUAAGAGGCGAUCAGCUGCAGAAUGAGCUCCAAUCCAACUAUGCCAUGCAAUUUAAGGGACCAACAAAAUGGGAUUUAGGAUUGAGAAUAAAUUAUGGCUGUGUUCCGGAUUAAUUUCCCAGUACAUUAUUCUUUUUAUAAUUUUUUGUUGUAUAAAGUUAUUCGCUAUAAUGGCUGCUGAUGUUUAUGUUUUUUUUGUUUUUUUGGGUAUGGUAUGAGGCGGUCUCGGUAUUGUAAAAUGUAAAGCUUUGUAUAUGGAACGAGUUUAAAGAAGUGGUUUUGGAAAUUAUUAAACGAGGAUGUGAGCGGAUAAUUAUGGUUCACGUCGCCAAGACUUCUCGAGCUCUUGCUCCUUAUCGUAUUUAAAUUAAUUUGAUAUACGUGUAAA